UAUGAGGAAAAACCGAUUAUUGGGCCGAUUUUCCACAUUCAGCGUUUCACUCUGUGGUAAACGGAGCAAAAGAAAAGCACCUGUCAUGGAAAAUGUGGAAAGGCGAGUGCAGCAAACUUUCCUUCAUCUUCCGGGCAGUGGUUCGGAUCCCGCAGGGCAGGAAGAAAGAGAAAACAACACCAGGCACUGGAGCAGGGAGGAAUACUAAUCAGCGUGGAGGUGCGGUUUGGACCGUGGCGUAACCCGAGUCAACGCCGACAGCGCACUGGUAUCGACUUUUACCAACAGGCUCUUGGAGUCUAUGUUCCAUCCAUCAAGUCGUCCCAGUUCUCCUGAGUUGACUGUUCUUAGUUAAAGACACAAUGCCGGAGGCUCCUGAUUUGAUCAACCUGGGCUUCCUGUCUGAUUCGGAACGGGAGCUUAUCCUGGAAGUGCUACGACGGGAUGAGGAGCUGAGGAUGGUGGAAGACAAACGAGUACGGAAGCUGAAGUCAGAGUUGCUGGAGGUCAAACGGAAAGGGGCCAAACGUGGCGGUGAAAGUUACAGCGAGCGGAGCUGUGGCCGAUGCCAGGAGCCUCUUCGUCGUCUGUCGGUUUUCUCCAACCAGUGUAAAAUAUGCAAUCACUACGUGUGCCGAAACUGCCAAGCAGUCUUGCCCAAUGGAUCCUGGCUGUGCAACGUUUGUAUCAAAGAAACGGACGUAAAGAAGAGGACGGGCGAUUGGUUCUACGAUCAAAGAGUUAAUCGUUUCUCUAUGAAUCCUGGGCAUGACCUUGUGAGGGUCUCCCUGAAAAAGAGACCAGCAGCGAGAAAACGUGAAACGACAGGAGAAAAACUCUUGAGAACUACAGUUCUUCCCCAGCCAGUGCCUCUGCCCAGACAGAAAAAUCCACCCGUUAACACAGAUCAGUCAAGUGAGAAUUCAGGAUCUAUUGCUUCAAUGGAAUCUCUUGAACCAAAGGAUAAUGUUUCUGCAAAACCUCUACGCAGUGACACAGAGUCUGCAGAAAACAUCAGUAUCUUUAGCGCUAAAACUGAGACUGAAUCCGGUCGGGCAACUCCUGAGCAACUGAGAGCUCACAGCUCCGUUCCCCCCAGCCCGGCAGCCUCCAGUCCAACAGCGCCAGGCAAAACAGAUGUUGUCAGAACUGGAAGCGGCAGCUCAAACACCAGCUCUGCUCUGGAUGUGAAACCCCUCAACGCGAGCUUUGACCUGGAAGUUGAACGACUCUUCAAGAAAAGCGUGAAAAUAGAGCCAAAACCCAAAGAGUGUUCAUCAACACUUGAAUUGCGUGAGGAACCAGAGACUUCAAUGGGCAAGCGAAGCCGCUCAGUUCCAGGCUUAGACAUACAGGAGGAUGAGGAGGAGGAAGAUAUCGAUCGCUUGGUUAACUUUCAUAAAAUGUCGAUGGCCAGAAGUACCUCCAGUCUGCAGAGCUCAAAGAGCAUGAUGAGUAUUUACAGUGAAUCCGGAGACUUCGACAGCGUGGAGGUGAGCGGCGACGUGGUCUUCUCUCUGAAGUACGAUGAACACACACAGAGCCUCCACGUGUUCAUCAAGCAGUGCAACAGUCUGGCCUACGCCGACGCAUCACGGCUCGUUUCCAACCCUUAUGUGAAAUGUUACCUCCUCCCAGACAAAUCACGUCAAAGCAAGAGAAAAACCAGCAUCAAGAAAAACACCAUCAACCCCGUCUACAAUGAAACUAUGAAGUACUCCAUCGUCCGUUCUCAGCUGGUCAACCGCAGCCUGCUGAUGUCGGUGUGGCAUAGCGGUCGCCUCAGCCGUAACGCCUUCCUGGGAGAGGUGCAGGUCCCUCUGGACUGCAAAGACCUCGAGUCAGGAUGUGAGGAACAAAUGGCUCUCAUGGGAAAGGUGGGAUCGGUUGUGCCAGCUUCACCGUUUGCUCAGUACAAAGGAGAGCUGGUGAUCUCACUGAAAUAUGUCACGCCCAAAAAGACGACCGCAGAGAAAGUCAAAGGUAAAAAAGCGCCGCCUGUGGAGAGUGGAGAGCUGCAUGUCUUGAUUAAAGAAGCGAAGAACCUGAUGGCAAUGAAACCCGGGGGAACGUCUGACAGCUUUGUGAAAGGGUACUUGUUCCCGUCUAAGACGAAGAGCGCAAAGAAGAAGACCGACAUCGUGAAGAAGAACCUGAACCCCCAGUAUAACAGCACGUUUGUGUACAAAGAGCUGAGUCUGGAGCAGCUGAGAGAGAUGUGCCUGGAGCUGACGGUGUGGGACAGAGAGGCCAUGCUGAGCAACGAGUUCCUGGGAGGAGUCCGCCUCAGCUCAGGAAAAGGCGCUGUGAAAAUAGGAAAACAGGAAGUGGAGCUGGAGUCUGUGGGAGAGGAGAUCAGCCUGUGGCAGAAGAUGAUGCAGUACCCCGACUCGUGGGCAGAGGGCACUCUUCCACUGCGUUCCUCAAUGGGAAAGACGAAGGGUAAAUGAGGACAGAGCUGAAAAUGAUCUGAUGUGAUAAGCCCUGGCCUCUGAGACAAACUGGAGUCUGGAUUCAUUGGAGAAACCAAACUCAUCUGACCAGAAGCUCAGCUGCUGCAGUUUCAGUGCCUGCUCACUCCUCUCUCUCUGUCCUGGACUCGGCUUAAUUCACCAACUCCUGAUUGGUGUUACUAUUGAAAAUGUACCAAACCUUCACACUUAGGCACUUUUUUUCAAACUCUGACUGCAUGUAUUACUAUUUAAAAUAAUGUAGGACACAGAAGUUUUUUAAUUUUUCACCAUUAUCUUUAGAAUUUCUUACAGAAGAACACUAUGAAGGAAAACAAUUAUAAACCGGUAUUAUGGAGAAUUUCUGGGUUUGGAUGAAAACCACCGCUAUGCUUUAUUCUUAUUACUUUUAUAUUUAUAGAACUUCAAUUAAACCCCUUAUUUGAAUAAAUUAAAUGACUAAGUUUAUUAAGAUUUUGUGUGGAGUUAUCAGUCACAUCUGUUGAACCAAUAAAAGUUAAACCCAU